CCGUUCUACGUUGCCAUGGCAACAGCAUAAAAACAGCUCGGCUAAACCUGUGUAGCUGCUGGGGGAAGGAUAAACUGCGUCUAAAGUAUCCGGCCGGAGGUUUGUUGUCGAGGACAUUUCACCACCACCGAGACUGGGGACCAUCUUUAUGAAACUCUUCAUGAGAACCUGCAGGUUGACACCGGUGUCGGCAGCUGCCAUUUAAACCCGAUUCUGUUGGACCUGCGCAGGUUCGGAACCAGUCGGGAUGUCCAGUGACCUCGCUGGUGUGUGGGAGGUGGCGCUGAGCGACGGAGUCCACAGGAUCGAGUUUGAACAUGGGACAACCACCGGGAAAAGAGUCAUCUAUGUGGACGGAAAGGAGGUUCUGAGGCGGGACUGGAUGUUCAAACUGGUAGGGAAGGAGACGUUCAGCGUGGGCCAGGCGGACACGAAGGCCACCAUCAACAUCGACGCGGUCAGCGGCUUCGCCUACGAAUACACGCUGGAGAUCAACGGGAAGAGCUUGAAGCAGUACAUGGAGAACAGGUCAAAGGUCACCAGCACCUGGCUGCUCAACCUGGACGGCAUUGACUGCAGGGUGGUUCUGGAGAAAGACACCAUGGACGUUUGGUGCAAUGGAGAGAAGAUUGAAACUGCUGGCGAGUUCGUGGACGACGGCACGGAGACGCAUUUCUCCCUGGGAGACCACAGCUGCUGCGUGAAAGCCGUGAGCAGCGGGAAGCGGCGAGACGGCAUCAUUCACACGCUGCUGGUGGACGGCACAGAGGUCGCCGAGUGCACCGAGUGACCGGGUUCGGCCCGGACUCGGUCUGUCAGACUGGAAACGUUUCCUUUAAAAUGGCUGCUGCGGCGCGGCCGGUCCACACUGUUCAGAUAUAAACGCCAUAGAGUCUGUUUAGUGGCAGACGGAGCUGCUAGAAACAUCAGUCAGAAGAUUCAGCGUCUCUAAAGGUUUACAUUAAUAUUAAUGAGGUUUUUUAGACUUAAAAUGUAAUUUAUAAGUUAGAAACGGUUCUGUUUCAGCCUUUCUGGUGGAAACCAGGAACCUGUGUGGUUUCAUGUUGUGAGUUAUUAUCUGCUUUAUUUAUCGGACCAAGCAGCUGCUGUAGAAGAAGAAAUCAAGGCUCCAUCUCCUGCUGAUCGCUGCAACCGUUCAGACAAUCAUACUGAUUAGUUACACUGCAAAAACAGAAAAUAACACCAGCUAGUUUACUGAGCUGUUUCUAGUGGCAGAAUGUAAGAUAUCGUUUUAGGAUCAUUGUAAAAAAAACAUAAAAAAUCAACA